GGAUUGAAAAAGUACGCAGGAGGAUAGCAUAAUACGUGCUUGAAAUUAUUUAAGACAUAACUAUAAAGUCAUAAAACCUACUGCAGCUAAUUAAAAAAACAUGGAGAAAAUAAUGGAUAACCAGGAACUCAUGGACACACAAGCCCAAAUUGAUCAACUUCAGCAGAAGCUUCAUGAUGAAGUCGAGUCAUCUAAUGUUGCUUUUGAUCUCAAGAAAAACUCGAUUUUUGAAUCUCGGAAUAAUGCUAUAAUUUCUUUGAUAACCUCAAAGGACCUACCUGAGGCUUUUUGGGCCACCACGCUUGUGACUCUUCUGAAGCUCAGGGCAAAUACCGAAGAAACGUUUCCCCAUUUUAUGGGCCCCUACGAUGAGGAGUUGUUGACUAAAUAUCUAAAAGAUAUCAAGGUAAGCUACACUGAAAAAGGUCACAGGAUUAGCCUUUUUUUUUUAGCUAAUCCUUAUUUCAAGGAAACCGAGCUCUGGGCGGAGGUGUUGGAUGUGAUGACACCUGGGAGCUCUGACAUGCUGCACAGUGACGCUGAGGAGGAGGAGGAGGAAUGGGAAGAGAAGAUAAACUUCUCGGGGAUUACUUGGAAUCCUGGGCAUGGCCCCGAGGGAGACGAUGAGAAAAGCCAGGACAGCGAACACGAGGAAGUUGAACCGAAGUGUGCAACGGAGAAUGCGACACACAAGAAGCGCACACACGAGAACCCCACAGUGGACAAUCCCCCGAGCGGCAACAACCACAGUGGGGAAAAACAGGGCCCAAGCGUCUUAGAAGUCUUCAGUCUGAUGCCUCCAUCUCCUGAAGAGGACUCCGAGCUAUGCAGCGAGGAUGACGACGAGGAUGCCCUGAUUGAGGCUGUAAACGAGUGGGAAGACGAAAUGGAGGAUCGAAAGCUUUUGCUUAGCACUAUGACUGAAGCUUAUUAUAAUCCAAUUGCGAUAUGGACCAAAAUUGAAAAUUUCAAGGAUCUGGAAAUGGAGCUUAAAAAGGUGAAAAAUGAAUAA